AUGGUGAAAGGAAUAUUACAAAUAAUUGGGGCAACAAGAAGCUCUCGGUUAUCUCAAAAAGAUCGUGAUUAUAAAAAUUUUAUUGAAUUGGGAAAAAUCACUAGCAGAUAUCUCGUUCCAUCAAUAUUUCUGGUAAGAUUAACAUUAGGAAUCAUGGUUUUCUCAGUGCUAUUGAUAUAUACAUGUCGAAGAAGACAUAUAUCAAUAUAUGAAAAUAUUGAGGUUUUUCUUCGAGGGAAUACUUUGAUGCCAAUAAGAUAUUCAUACAAAGAUAUAAAGAAAAUGACUCAAAGAUUCAAGGAUAAACUAGGCGAAGGAGGCUUUGGUCUUGUUUAUAAAGGAAAGUUAAUUAGUGGGUCAUUUGCGGCCAUAAAAAUGUUGGAUAAACCUAAGGGUAAUGGACAGGAUUUCAUUAGUGAAGUCACAACCAUAGGAAGAAUACACCAUGCCAAUGUGGUGAGACUUAUUGGUUUUUGUGCUGAGAGAUCAAAACGUGCUCUGGUUUAUGAAUUCAUGCCGAACGGUUCUCUUGAUAAAUAUAUUUCUACUAAAGAUGAUGCUUUCUCUUUAAGUUCAAAUAAAAUGUAUGAAAUCUCUCUAGGCGUUGCUCGGGGAAUUGCUUAUUUGCAUCAAGGUUGUGACAUGCAAAUCUUGCAUUUUGAUAUCAAACCUCAUAAUAUCCUUCUUGAUGAGAACUUUAUUCCCAAGAUUUCGGAUUUUGGUCUUGCAAAACUUUAUCCUAAUGAUAAUAGUAUUGUAACUAUAACUGCAGCAAGAGGAACAAUUGGUUACAUGGCUCCUGAAUUAUUUUAUAAAAACAUUGGAGGGGUGUCUUACAAGGCUGAUGUGUAUAACUUCGGAAUGCUUUUGAUGGAAAUGGCAAGUAAGAGAAGAAAUUUAAAUCCACAUGCGGAUCAUUCAAGCCAACUUUUCUUUCCCUAUUGGAUUUAUAAUCAGUUGAUUGAAGAAAGAGAGAUAGAAAUGGAUGAAAUGACUAAUGAGGGAAAAAAUAAUGUAAAAAAAAUGUUCAUAACGGCAUUAUGGUGUAUACAGUUAAAACCAAGUGAUCGUCCUGCAAUGAAUAAAGUGAUAGAGAUGCUUGAAGGAAAUAUUGAGAAUAUUGAAAUGCCUCCAAAACCUUCUUUUUAUCCAAAUGAAAUGAUUAUGGAAGACCCAGAUGUGAAGUCUAAUGAAAUUGAAUCUGAAACAAACGUUGAUUCUGUUAGUUUUAUUGAGGAAGAUCCAACACAAUAA